CAGUUUGUGCUAUUUUACCGUGGGCAUCAUGUCCUUCACUGUCAGCAUAUGUCUCAUGAGCGGCCAACUUGCCGAUUUGGAGGUAACUUCAUCUCAGUCGGUCCAAGAGUUGAUGUGCGAAGCUUCCAAACAGCUUGGACGGCCCCUCACAGCACUUGCGUACCAAGGUCGACGCCUCUUGCGAGGUGAGAAGGUGGAGGAGCUUGGCUUGGAAGAUGGUAGCGUUGUGAAUGCUUUGGUGAGACAGCCAGGAUCUGUGCUUUGCGGGCACCGAAAGUGUGGGGCAUUUGCUGCGCUAAAACAUGAUGGUGCAGUGGCCACAUGGGGACAUCCUGAUUGUCUAGGUUCCAGCCCUCUCAACAGGACGGUGAAUGCCCAUAGGCUCUAUGCGUCAAGCUGUGCCUUUGCCGCCAUCACUGAUGAGGGCGAAGUUGUCGCUUGGGGAGAUCCCACCUGUGGCGGAGACUGCCAAGAUGUUGCAGAAGAGCUCAGGUUUGUGCAACAUAUCUAUGCCUCUCAAGGAGCAUUUGCUGCGGUGAAGACAGAUGGCUCUGUUGUGGCUUGGGGCUCACCUCGUUGUGGCGGCGACGCAGGGGCUGUCCAGUCCCAAUUGUGGCAAGUGCGUUCCGUGGUGGCAACGCACCGCGCUUUUGCGGCCUUGUGCAUCGACGGCACUGUCGUCACUUGGGGCCAUGCACAGUGUGGUGGAGACAGCAGUGCUGUCCGUAAUCAGCUCACUGAUGUGGAGGAGAUCUACGCGACGGAGACUGCGUUUGCUGCCCUCAGAAGCAAUGGCGAUGUCAUUGCCUGGGGGGAUGACCUGUGUGGUGGUGAUGCUCGUGCUGUGCAAGAUCAGUUACGCAAUGUCUCAUCCAUCUUUGCCUCGAACAAAGCCUUCGCAGCCCUCAAGGAGAAUGGCAGUGUCGUGACUUGGGGCAAGGCUCUGUCUGGCGGCAACUCUUCUGCGGUUCACGAUCAGCUUUAUGACGUGGAGCGUGUCUACUGUGGACAUGCAAUGGCUGCGUUGCGCAAAGAUGGUUCGGUGAUCACCUGGGGACACAGUGCAUAUGGUGGAGACAGCCGAAAUGUCCAGGGGAAGCUUCUUGAUGUGGAACAGAUCUAUGCCAGUGAUGCCGCUUUUGCUGCCUUGAAGCAAGAUCGCACAAUCGUGGCCUGGGGCCAUUCAGAGUAUGGUGGCGACUCUAGUGCAAUUCAGGAAGAGCUUGUGAGCAUUCAAACUGUCCAGGCAACCUCCUCGGCAUUUGCAGCUUUGCGAGAAGACGGCACUGUGCACACUUGGGGCCUCCCACACAAAGGAGGCGACAGCUCUUCGGUGCAGGAUCAGCUGUAUGAGGUCAAAGAGAUCGCAGGAUCGUACGGAGCGUUUGCAGCGCUGCGCAACGAUGGCGCUAUCAUUACGUGGGGAGAUGCGAACUACGGUGGCGACAGCUCCCCUGUGCAGCCUUUGAUCGUUGACAUGUUCUGAGCUCAGAGCUCAAAGCUCAAAUUCAGAAAGGAGAUGGAGGAACAUGUACCUCUUAAGUCAC